ACUGACGAAUUUUUUAAUAGGAAAAGUUACCUCUAGGAAAGUACUUAAUUCAAGAAAUGGCACAGGUCAACUGACUUCCUAUCCUUACUACUUGGUCUCACUUAGACUUCGCGGGCUUCGUGACUGUGCGUUACGACCCGCAGUAACAUGACUGACACACCUGAGGAAUCUUCAAAAAGCAAAAUGAAAAAAACAGCUAAUACAACUGAUAUGUCGGAUAGUUCUAACUCACUUCCUAAUACUGAUAAAUCUUUGUCAUCUGGACAGUUCCCAAACGGGAUUAAUGAGAAACUUUUAAAGCAACUCACCAACGUCAUGUUGGUCUCUGGAUCUGGUAGUUCUAGUGGUGUGACAGAAAAGAAGUCUAAAAAUGACUAUCGAUUCUGGAGAACACAGCCAGUUCCUGACCUCACUGAAGAGAUUACUGACAACGGUCCAAUUGAACCAGAUUCAAAACAUGAAGAUAUCCGCUCACAGCCUUAUACAUUACCCGAAGGAUUUUAUUGGUGUGAAGUUUCUUUGGAUGAUGAAACUGAGCUACAAGAAUUGUAUGAUCUUUUGUAUGAAAAUUAUGUUGAAGACGAUGAUCAUCUCUUCCGAUUUGAUUAUUCCAAGCAUUUCUUACAGUGGAUCUUAAAGUCACCUGGUUGGCAUAAAGAUUGGCAUGUUGGACUUCGUGUAACUAAAAGUAAAAAACUGGUUGGAUUUAUAGCAGCUAUUCCAUGCCACCUACAGAUAUAUGAUAAAGCAAAACAGCUGGUUGAAGUCAACUAUCUUUGUGUCCAUAAAAAAUUACGUUCUAAACGUAUGGCCCCUGUACUGAUUCGAGAAGUAACUCGUCGUGUUCAUCUACGUGGGAGAUUUCAGGCUUUGUUUACGAGUGGAACUUUACUUCCAAAACCAGUCAGCAAAUGUCGAUAUUGGCAUCGUCCUCUUAAUCCACGUAAACUUCUUGAAUGUGGAUUUUCACAUCUUACUCACAACAUGACUCUUCAACGAACAAUUAAACUAUACAGAUUACCUGAAGCUCCUCUUGUCAAAGGUUUUCGUCAAAUGACAAAAAAAGAUGUUCCCAAAGCAUGGCCUUUAUUAUCUGAGUACUUGGAAAAGUUUAAUAUUCAUCCAAUUUUUACAAAAGAAGAAUUUCAGCAUUUCUUUGUUCCUCGAGAUGAUGUUGUGUAUUCUUUCAUAGUUGAGAAUGGAGAUGGGCAAAUCACAGACUUCUGUUCGUUCUAUGUCCUUCCCAGUUCAGUGAUGAAAAGCAAACAACACAAUAGCCUUCGCGCGGCCUACUCAUUUUACAAUGUUUCUACGGUAACACCAUGGCCUGCAUUAAUUCAAGAUAUGUUGAUUUCAGCCAAACAAUUAAAGUUUGACGUAUUCAAUGCUUUGGAUCUAAUGGAGAAUGGAAAGUUCCUAGAAGAGUUAAAAUUCGGCAUUGGAGACGGUGAUCUACAUUAUUAUUUGUAUAACUGGCGUUGUCCAUUCACUAAGCCCUCUGAGAUUGGAAUAGUAUUACAAUAAAUGAAAUACUGCCGAAAUUUUGCAUUGACAUCUAACAUUAUUAAGUACAUCAAAUCUGCAUAUCUUUUCACGCUUUAAUGUAUCAUAUACUUUCUGUUCAGUGAACUUUACAAACCAUUCUGAACCUUUAAACUGAAUAAAUUUUCAAAAUUUCCUUUAAUUCGCUGUAGUUAUCUUUGUCUUAGUUUCAUAAUCGUUCUUACUGAUCAAUGAAAUUGUUUUGAAAUUCAUAUGAGCAUUAUGUCGAAUAGCUUAUCAAUUGUCCUCGAUUCCCCUUUCAAUUUCCCUUUUUCUUCAGCUUUUAAAAAUGACACAAAUUGUACCUUACUCUACUGUUAGGGUUUGUCAGUAUUUUUGUCUGUUCUUUGAAAUAUAUUUCUACAUAUGUAUACCGGUAAAUCGAUUAAAUUCUUUAUUUCUCAGUGUAAA